AUGUAUAGAAAGGCAGUGAUUUUUAUUCUGCUUUUUUUCAUUUCUUUUGUCCAUUCGAAUUAUGUGUAUCAAUUAGGAGACGAGAAAUACCAAUCAAUUAAUUCCCGAUUUCCACAAAUUGAGAAAGACGUGAACCGAUAUGUCACCGAGUUAAACCAAUUGUCGAAGAAAUACGUGAACCCCGUGUUGUUGUGUUAUGGCAAAGUGAAUCAAGACUACUCGGCAUUUAAAAAUGAUUUCAAAGAAAUUAACGUGAAUGUUUCUAAACUCCGAGAGAACUACACAAACAUGGAUAUGACACUCAACAAAACGGCGUAUGAAAUGACCGAAGUGUAUCUCAAGAAGUUAAAGAGUGAGAAUGAAUUUGACAGAUACCCCGACUUGUUCAAUUUUAAUAAUACGGUGUUUAAUUUAUACUCCCGAGUUUAUCCGUAUUAUGUGAACAAAUCAAAAGACUUCGACAAUACAAAGGGGUUGAUCAAGACGAUGAAGAAACAAUUCAAAACACUCAAAACUCGAAUUCUUCAGUGCAAAGGAAAUUACGAGAAAAUCAACCAAACAAUCGAGUCUUCAAGUGCUAUGACGAACUGGAAAAAGCUCGUCAACAUCUCCAAAACUCUGGAAACCAAAUAUCAACAAACAAAGACUGCAUUUCUCUCAGCACAAGGAUAUCGGUGUAAUUUAAAGACUGAGGAAAAGAUCUUUGAAACAUUGAGGAAAAUAGUCGAGGAACGGACUUUGAAGUAUGACCCUGGUGUGGUCGGUCGGAUUGAAAAAUUUGCAACGGCGCAGUUUGAAUGGGACGAAGAGGAUAUUAAAAAGAACAGACUUCAUCUGAAAGACAAUUUCUAUACACAGCCGAAUUACAGGGAAAUCAUGUUAAAGAAAUAUAAGAUGAAUCAUAUACCAAAUGAUAACACCACUUUUGUGAGGAAGAGAGUGUCGACGGCGGACUUAAUUAAACAACUGAAUGACUCGUCGCUGUUUAAAUAUAUCGAGUUGGCGAAGAAACUUGACGACAAGAAGUUUGUGGAAAAGGAAGUGAAGAAAGCAAACAUCAAGGCUGAACGACAAAUGAGUGGCGAAGCCACUCGAGACGUCAGGAGGAAAGUUAAGGAAGACAUGAGAAAGCAAUUGGACGAGGAAAUAGCAGAGAGACUUAAUGAGAAAAUUAAGAGGAACGCUGCGGAGAUCGCGAAAAUGAGAAGCGUCGUGACACAAGAGGAGCUCAAAAAGGCGUCGUUAGCUGUUACACCAACGCAACGAGUUCAUAAAGAAAUUGAGGAAGUAGAGCCAUCAGUAAAUAGGUGGAAAAAGGCGAAUGAGUUACUUGACAAGUUUGAAGAGGAAGGGAUUCACACGAAGAAGCUGAAAGAAAUGCUCAAGGACUUAACAAAAGACCAAAUUGAAAUUGUUUAUAGGAAGCUGAAGUAUUCCAUUGCACCGAUUGAAUCGUUGGUUACACUCGCAAAACUGUAUAAGAAAGAAAAUAAGAUGAUGAAGGUCGAGAACCCCGAGAAGAUACGAACAUACAGAAAACAACUCAGAAGAGAAGAAAGACGACUUCUGAAGAGGUUUGAUGAUGGAGAGGAAGAAGACGAUAAAAAGGGCAAAAUCGACUUUGACGAUGCGAACGAGAAAUCAGUGGAGAGUAUUCUUGUUGAUAACACACUGGAAGAAAACCCAGAUGAGGUCAUCCAUUCACUCGAGAGGAGAGUCAGAGAGAAGGAGAAUAUACCAUGCGGGUGCCAAAACAAACGUAAUACAUUGUUAUGA